CAUAUAUCAGCAUCGUGGACCGCAACAGACAAAGUAAAAAUCGAAUCAUAUGAAAAGGACGUCUGCAAGACUACAACGCUACCUACCGAAUUAACGACCGGAUGUACUAUAAGAGUCUGCGGCGAAUCGGGGCCGUCUAUUUCUCUUUCUCUCCGGUUAAGUAUGAAGAGCGAAGAAUAGGAUAGCAAGGGACAUAGAAAUGGCUUCGUGGAAUUCGAUUCCGCUGGAAAUCACUUACGAAAUUUUUGGUUGGGUUUCGUUCCUAUCAUGGUCUGCCUGUUUCUACCCUCAAGUCAUCUUAAAUUUCCGGCGCAAAAGUGUUGUAGGUUUGAACUUUGAUUUUGUGGUGCUUAAUUUGACGAAGCACUCCUCCUACUUGAUCUACAAUGUUUGUCUCUACUUUAGCCCCGCCAUUCAGAAACAGUACUUUCAGAAGUACGGCUUUAAUCAGAUGAUUCCUGUGGCUGCAAACGAUGUGGCGUUUUCUAUACAUGCUGUUCUAUUGACAGCGACCACCUUGUUGCAAGUUGCAAUAUAUGAACGUGGAGUCCAAAAAGUCUCUAGGAUAUCUCUAGCAAUUGUAUCUGCUGUAUGGUUAUCUGCCGCAGUUUGUUUCUUUGUAGCUCUGCCUAACCAUUCUUGGCUUUGGCUUAUAAACAUCUUUAACUCAAUUCAAGUGUUUAUGACACUCAUCAAGUAUACUCCCCAGGUGGUGAUGAACUUUAGGCGAAAGAACACAGAUGGAUUCAGCAUUGGAUAUGUAUUUUUUGAUUUUUCUGGAGGGUGUACAAGUUAUACUCAGAUGAUUGUGCAGUCUAUUGAUCAAAAUUCUUGGGUUAACUUCUAUGGAAAUCUAGGGAAGACAUUGUUAUCUUUGGUGUCUGUAUCAUUUGACCUUGUAUUCAUGUGUCAACAUUAUUUGUUAUAUCCGGCCAAGCAAGCAGCAGUAGUCGCUCCUGAACUCAAGAAAGAGGUUUCAGAGCCACUUCUGAAGUCGUCUGAUCACCCUGAACUAGAAAAUGUAUAACGCUAGCAAAGUGCAAGGUGUAAUUUGUGAUGAAGUGACCUAUGAUAUUGUUGAGGAUAAUCACUUGUUUAAUAAAACAUUCUCAGCUCAUAUGAAUGGGAUGAUUCAUAUUGUAUCUUUAAAAAGGAAGGAGACAAUUUACACACAGCAGAAAUAAAAUCCUGCAUUCAAGCAGUUAUGGAA